GGGUUUGGCUGGGGGGCUGGAUUCUACCUUGAUUUGAGAGAUGGAGUCACCCGAGGAAGCUCGUACUGAGGGGAGGAAAUUGAUUUGGUUCUGGUUGGGAUGAAUGACCCCGCGACGGCAAGGAGCCAGUGAUAGUGAGGUUUCGUCCGUGCAUUGCGAAGCUAGACGACGGCACUGUGAAGGUGAUUCUGAGGAAUAUGCACCUUGAGUUGAGAAUCAAGGUGGAUGGCGUCAGUGUUCAAGAUUUCAUACGGGAGUUGGGUAAGAAGGUGUUUUGGGGCUCAAGGCAAGUGGUGGAAUUAUGUAGCUAUGUGGAGAGGCAGAGGGGGCAGAAAUACCGAAGAAUCACGACAGUACCGCAGCUUGUUGAAGCGAUCGUACAUGGUCGGAGAGCAGACGGGGAUCCAGAACAAACAAUUUAUGCAGAGCUAAUUGAUGGCAGCGAAGACUCACCUGUAGGAUUUGCUCGGUCGCAAGCUGUAGAUGCCCUCCUUGAUGCAUCAUUUCUUGCAGAGAGUUAUCCUGUUAGGAAUGUUGCUGAUUUCGGUCCGAACAGUACAAAUGGGCCAUCUGUUGAUUAUAGUCAAGUAGAUAUUGAUGAGCCAACAGAUUUUGCUCCGCAAAUUUUCUCCGAGAGAAAAUGGGCCAAACUUCUUGGCAUUCCAUUAGCUGAUGAAGAAGAAACUUUGCCACCGCCCCCUCCUCAACUGCGUGUGCCCCCAGAGCAACGUGGUGCUGACGAAGAUGAAGUUGCCAGGAUGUUUGAAGAAGGGGGAGAUGUAAUAGAUGACAUACAUGAUGAAGAGAUGGGCGCGGUGCAUGACGAAGAUAAUCCUGAUAUAUCAGUGGGCACGUUUUGGUCUAGUAUGGAGGAAUUGAAGAUGGCUUUCAGGUCUUAUGCUCUGAAGAAAGAGUUUCAAGGUAGGACUGCAUGGACUGACAAGAACAGGUUCACUGCGAAAUGCAGCGGUAAGGAUGGCAAUAUGUUGCCUUGUCGAUGGUAUAUGUCCGCGAGAAGGCAACUGGACGGGAGGCUCAUCAGGGUCAAUCAGAUGCCACACAAACACACAUUUAUGUGAUCCUCGAGGAAAGUUACAAAAAUGACUUCUCAAGCCUGGGUUGCAGAAAAGGCUAAGCCCAUUUUGAGGAAAAAACCAUACACAGCUGCAAAAACACUUCAAGACAACUUGGAAAGAGAUUACAAAUGCACAAUGAGCUAUAGCACUAUGUGGAAAGGGAAACAAAGAGCCAUGAAGGAGUUGUUUGCUGACUGGGGCAAUACAUUCAUAAUGUUGUACAACUUUAGAGCCGAAUUGCAAUUGAGGUCACCUGGCAGUGUAUGUGAGAUAGACACCUAUGUACAAGAUGAUGGAAAUGUAUUCUUUUCUAGGUUCUUCAUGGCCAUGAAGCCUUGUCUAGAUGGUUUUAAAGCAGGGUGUCGUCCAUACUUGAGCAUAGACUCCACUACAUUGAAUGGGAAAUGGAAUGGGCAGUUGGCUGCGGCCAUUGCUAUAGAUGGCAACAAUUAGAUGUUUCCAGUUGCCGUCGGCUUGUUUCAGUUUGAGACAGAGGUAAAUUGGACUUGGUUCAUGACUCAGUUGUAUAUGUCACUAGGACAUAUGAAUCCUUUGGCAAUAUGCACUGAUGCUUCUAAAGGUCUUGAGUAUGCAGUGAAAAUUGUAUUUCCACAUGCAGAGCGGAGGGAGUGCUUCGGCCAUUUGUGGCUCAAUUUGGUUAAAAAGUUUCAAGGAAAAGUGUUUGGAAGAAUGUGGCCAGCAGCAAGAGCCUAUAGGCAUGACACUUUCAAGUACCAUAUGGAUAAGAUGUUGUUAGUCUCUGAGGGGGGUUUUCCUAAAUUUGGUGUAUAUCUGAAGACCUAUCAUUCUUUGUUGUGGUACAGAAGUGGCUUUAAUACAGAUAUCAAAGUUGAUCAUAUCAACAACCACUUGGCAGAAAGUUUUAACAGUUGGAUAAGAGAUCUGAAGGACCUGCCGGUUCAUGAGCUCGUUGACAAGAUCAGGAUAAGAAUAAUGAAUCUGUUCAAUGUCAGGAGACAAAUAGGUCAUAAAUUGCAUCAUGACAAGCUACCAACAGUCGUUCAACAGCUUGUAUGCAAGAGUAGAGGACUUGGACACUACCAUGUUGUGAAUGCCUCAACUAACUGGGCUGAGGUUCUGAACAAAACGAACACGAGGAGGCAUGUGGUGCAGAUUGAUUUACACGAGUGCUCCUGUCUUGAGUGGCAAGCAACAUGGAAACCUUGUGAGCAUGCUAUUGUUGUGUUGUCAGCGAGAGAUCAGUUGAUGAUGGGGGAUUUUCUGCAUGAAUAUUACUCAGUGGCCAGGUUUAAAGCAGCAUAUGCAGGAAUUGUGCCGCCAUUUACAGAUGCAUCACAAUGGCCUGAGGUGGAACUAGGAGUUGAUAUGCAUGUCCCAAACAUAACUAGAAAAGCUGGCAGGCCUAAACAAAAACGUUUCAAAAAUUUCUUUGAGCGUGGUGGUAAACCUGGGACGAAAGGUCAAAUGAAAGGAGGCAAAGGAGGCAAAAGGGACAAUGAGAAAGAAGAGAAGGAAAAAGAGGAAGAGAGACUAAAAACAAAGGCAGCCAUAGGCAUCAAGCACAGAUGGAAGAAAUGUCUAGAAAUAGAACAUCGUGUGAAGUUCCCUCUCUGCGUUUUCACUCCACC